AUGGUGAUUUCAAACACCAACUUAUCAGCUGUUUGGAAGUUGAAUUAUCUGAAGCAAAGUCUCAAGGGCACUGCAGCUCAUCUUUUGAAGAACACGGCACUGACUACUGAUAAAUUUCAGAAUGCCUGGAACUCUCUCGUUUUCUUCUACAAGAAUAAACGGUUAUUAGUUAACACAGCCUUGCAUUCUUUAUUGAAUAUGAAAAGAAUGACAAAAGAAUCAGCAACUGAGCUGGAGAGCCUAUACACAGCCAUAACUCAAAUUUAUCGCACUUUGGAAAUCCUUGGCCGACCAGUCCACACAUGGGAUGAUGUUCUAGUUUUCAUAGCUGUCCAGCGAUCUUCUAAGGAACCUCCAACAUGGAAGCAAAUCAGCGAGUUUAUGAUGAUAAGGUUGUUGACACUUCAAGCAGUAGAGAAAUCACGAAGACCGGGAUUUCAAUCUAAUCAGCCGUCAGUUAAGGCCCAUGUAGUUUCUGGACUUCAAGCUUCGAGUAAUUCCAGCAAAUGCGGAUUUUGUUCUUCAGAUCACUAUGCCGUCCAUUGUCUAGAGUAUGUGAAUCAAUCAGUUCAAAGAAGGCUAGAAAUCAUUUCAAAGAAAAAUCUAUGUUUUAACUGCCUUGGACUACAUCCAGCGUCCGCAUGUCGUUAUACCAGGCGCUGCAAUAAAUGCGGCAAGAAGCAUCAUUCUUCCAUUCAUAAAGGUAGCUCAACCGACGAGCAUGAAUCUUCAACUUCGGAUUCAAAUGUUCAAGUUAACCGUGCAGCCGUGAAGGGAGUUGGUGCUGUGAACGCUGGACAAACGAGAGGCUCUGUUACAGUCACUCUGACACCUCAUUUCAAGUUCUCAUCCGAAUGCAUCAUCACUGCUCAUGUUCUUCGACAACUUACAGAAUCGUUUUCAUUUGUCGAUACCAGCAACCUGAAUUGGUCGCAUUUGAAAGGGCUUCAAUUUGCAGACGCUCAUUUUCAAUCACCUGGUCAUGUAGACGUCAUCAUUGGAUCUGUCUCUCUGUUUAGGUCAUCGAAGAAGGUCUUCGUAAAGGCUCACCUAAUACUCCAACCGCACAAGCCACAAUUUUCGGAUGGGUACUUUUUGGCCGAUCAGAAACCUGUUCAUCUUCAUCUGAAGUUCAAGGCUAUCACUUAUUUAUCGAUGAAGAACUUAGCGAGAUUGCCACUUAAAAAAUCAGCUGGACAUCUCGGAGAUUCUAAGACUACAGCUUUACGAAUGCUAUCAAGACUAUUGAACAAGCUGCAAGCUGAUCCGGCAAUUCAAAAAACUUACUCAAAUUUUCUAAAUGAAUAUGAGGUUUUAGAUCACAUUAAACUAGUUCCAGUAUCCAUUCCAGAAUCACCUCAAUGCCAUUUCUACAUUCCUCAUCAUGGUGUGAUCCACGCCAGCAGUCUUACAACGAAGCUUCGAGUAGUGAGCCAAGCUCAAGAAUCUGUUCCCAAAGAAAAAUGGCAUUGUAUACCGGGCAAAGAAAAUCCUGCUGACUGUUCCACUCGAGGUUUGACUCCAAGUCAAUUGUCUCAACAUCAGAUCUGGUGGACCGGUCCAUACUGGCUGCAGGAACCCUCUUUAUCAUGGCCGAACAGGUUCGAAGCUCCUUUUGUUGAUACCAAUCUUCAGGAGCGUCCUGUUCAAUCUACUUCGGUUACUGUGAGUACUGCGAGCACCUAA